CUUACGUAGCUCAAAAAGCUGCUGAGGUGAUCCCAUGCGACCCUCCACCAAUUAAUAAACGACAAGACCAAUCUAAAAAUAUGUCACGUAAUGUUGGUGAAGAUGAUUAUCAGCCUUUACCUCCUUUGAUAUCAUUUAUUCAACGAUUGGUUGUAAAAUCAAACGUUUCAACUGCUACUUUUCUUACUACCGUUGUUUACUUGGCUCGUCUGAAAAAUAAAUUACCAAAACUUGCAAGAG